GACAGUGUUCAGGCUUUCUACAGGACGCCAGAGAAUCUCCAGGAGCAGAGAAGGAAGGAAUCCUGACCAAUAUCUGGUUACCAACAGCUUCUCAAAGCUGCACUUGGCUGUCAAGGAUCAACUGAACAUCCAGAAAAACAGCUAUGGCUGGCAUUGACAAGAACGAAUCCAUUAGAAAGGCUCUUACUCAAAUGAAGGCUUCUUUAGCACAAAGAAAUCUCCAAGAUAUAAUAGCCAAUCCUGAUAAAGAGUUAAAAUUACUAAAGAACACAAGACUUGAUAUUGCUUUCACAGGGGUUUCAGGGGCUGGUAAAUCAUCCCUGGUGAACGCCUUUCGCAAUAUCUCAGAUUAUGACAAAGAUGCCGCUAAAAUUGGGGUGAAACAGACUACUAUGGAUGCAGAAAGUUAUCCCCAUCCUCAAUUCCCUGAACUGACACUAUGGGAUCUACCUGGAAUUGGGACACGUGAAUUUCAUCCAAAGAAAUACCUAGAGAAGGUAAAUUUCAGCAGGUAUGACUUCUUCAUCAUUGUGGCCGCAGAACGCUUCACUGUGAAUGAUGCCAUGCUGGCCUCAGAAAUUCAAAAGAUGGGCAAGCGGUUUUACUUUGUUAGAACCAAAAUGGAUCAGGCUAUGGAUGCUGAAAGAAGGAAGCCCGACUUCAGUGAGGAACAGACCCUGGGUGGGAUAAGAGAAUACUGCGUUUCCAAUUUGAUAAAAGAAGGAGCAGUCAAUCCAAGGGUUUUUCUAAUAUCUAGUUGGCAUUUGAAUAUGUAUGAUUUCCCUCUCCUGCAGAGGACCCUAGCAAAUGACCUGAAUGAUCUCAAGAGACCUCUCCUAAUUUUGGCUAUGCCAGCUUUCUCAAAAGCCCACCUGCAACAGAAAAAGGCUGCUAUGGAGGCGGUUAUCUGGAAAAAAGCCCUGUUGUCUUGUAUCGUUGGGGUGAUCCCUUUGCCAGGUCUCUCUCUAGCUUUUGACAUUGGCCUCUUGGUGACAACUCUGAAAAAUUUCUGCAAGGCUUUUCACUUGGAUGAAGAUUCCCUCCGUAACCUAGCAAACCGGGUUGGCAAACCUAUUGAUGUGCUGAGAUCUGCUGUCAAAAAGACUCCGUUGGCCAACCAGAUCAACCCAGAAUAUGUGCAGUCUCUCACCACCAACUCCAUGUUGGUUGUCACUGCAAUGGUGCUGGAAGAGCUUGCGGACUUCGUACCUGUCAUUGGCUCUCUGGUUGGUGGAGUUAAUUCUUUUGCCACCACAUUUUACAUGCUGAAGUGCUUCCUGGAAGAUGCAAUGGAAGAUGCUGAGAAUGUUCUGAGAAUAGUUGUCGAGUAAAGAUCCUGCUGAAAAGAUUCUGCAAUCAAUUUUCGCUCAUGUUGCUAGCAAAGAAACGCCACACUUUUUAGAGUAAAUGAUGUUUUUCACCCCCCCCCCCUUGGAAAGGCCACUCUGCCCUUGCGAGGAUCUUGAGCAGGGAGGCCAGAUCUCACCUGACCGAGAGAGCCCUCUUGUACUUUUAAAGGAAGUGAAGUCUCCUCAGGGUCACUUUGGCGCUUCCUGUACAAACCUCUUAAAAAAAAUUUUUUAGACAGGGAAUACAUCAUUCCCUCUGUGGUUUUCUGCCCUGUUCUUACCUCAUCUGGUUCCCAAAAUGUUUGAUUUGCAGCCUCAGAACUUUAAAAAUAAAUUCUCUUUUACAAUGAUUAGUUGAAACAUUUUCAAAACAGCUCCAUUUGCCUCUUUGAGGCAAUUCUCAUGCCUCUAUGAAGUCCCCGGACUUCCCCUUUUUCUCCCCUUCAGCACCCCCCUCAUCUAUUUUUGGAGCAUUGGAGCAAAAUUUGUUCAGUUUUGGGAGGCUGAUUUUCAAAGGAGGAAGUGUAGAAGGUGCAGAGAAUCGCAGCGCCCUGCUGUGAAGCACUUUAAAUAGCCAUUCCGCAAUGAACUAAAAAAAGAGAGGGAAAAAUCACAAAAUGGGGGCUAGGAAUCUUUUUGAGGGGGUGUGUGCAGACAUAAAUUAUGGUAAGGGAGGGCCCGCUUGAAAACGGUUAAGUAACAUUUUCAGGGAUUUGUGCAGAAAGAACCUUUCUUGUAGUAUUGCAGGGUUUGUAAAAACAUACAACCAUUAAAGCUACUGGAGUCCUCUUGAAAACUGGGUUGGGGUGCAGAUAUAGUUUGGGGGCAGAAGUGGAACACACCACAGGAAUUUAAGCUUUGGAAUUCUGUUUUGCUGUUUUUAGAAUGUUCUUUUCAAAGCUCGCUGACAAUAUUAGAAUCUGAAGUUGUGUUUAUCCAUUGCUAAGGCUACUUUUUUUGGCUUCUAUUCUGAAACUGAAUUGUUAACAGUGACUGCGAUGUUCAGGAAAUUCUGUAGGUUCCUCCCCGGUUUUUUGUUGCACCAGAAAUGACUAUUCUGGAUUAGACUGUGACUGAGCAUUUCCCUUACUGAGGCGUUCUGCUUUACCAACACCGGUAUUAGAGGGCAAGUACAGACACGUUCCAAGAUCAGAGAGGUUAUGCUGUUGUGAACUAAAACGAGUGGAACCAAUGGAACGUGUCUUCCUCCACUGUCCAUCCUAUGAAGCUGCUCGAUUCAAGCUCAUCUGCCCAUUAUCAGAAUCUUCCUACAGAGGCAGCGUGGAGCUGUGCUGUUGGAUUUGCCCUCCCUGGGGCACUUACCCUGGUGGAAGGGCAAAUCCUUCAGCAUUCUGG